CCGGACUGCUGUUCGUCUGCUGCGCUUGCCAUUUUUGCACCCAAUCAUUUACCCCCCGCGGCCGCGCUGCACCAGAGCCUAGAGCCGCCACUCCCCGGGCCCACCCGCAGCGACCGAACCCGCGCAGAUCCGCGAUUGGUCGACGUCUCCUCCUCCUUCCCGUUCCCCUCCCCCUCCCCCUCCCCCCCUCCCCGCGUCGCUCGCAGCAGCCCCGCCCCGACAAAUCCCCCAUUCCCAAAUCCCCCCUGCCCCCCGCCGAAAUCAACGCCGCCGGCUCCGCAUCCUCGACCCGCUCCCGCCUCCGUUCGGCUGCCGUACGGAAUCUCAGGUACCCCGUCGCCGAGGCCGCCCCCUGUCUCUCGCGGCCCCGCCGGGAUUCUAGGGUUUCGGUCGGGCCGGCCCAAGGGAGUCUGCAAACAGCGCGGGUCAGGCUCCCCCGCGCCGAUCGCCGCGAGCUGCCCCCGCGCGGGCGGCCGUGGGCACCGCUUCCACUCGCUAGCCUUCCUGGUACAUGCGGCCGCUGCCACACUGGUGCUCCUGCUCAAUCGGGAAGCCCCGCGCCUCGGAUUCCGUGCAGGGUAGACAAUUUCCUGCUACCGCGCUGCUGCGUGUGGGAUGACCUGAGCCUCCGCCUGCCGCCAAGAUGAAUGUGGGGCAGGCUGCCCACCUGUCCGGGCAGAUGUCUGGGCAGACAGCGCAGAUGAAUCAGGUCCCUGCCACCGGUGUCGGCAUUGGCGUUGGCACUGCCGAUGGGCUACCGCAGCACCAGCCAAUGCAGGAGAUGGCGGCGUUCUCGGGAACGGACCAGCAGUUUGUCAUGUUUCGGACCACAAUGCGCGAAAAGAUAUUUAACUAUAUAGGAAGGAAACAGUCAUCGGCUGAGUGGCGGAAGCGGUUGCCAGAACUGGCAAAGCGACUUGAGGAGAUCUUGUACAGAAAAUUCCCAAACAAGACUGACUACUACAAUAUGAUGAAGGGACCAGUUGAGCCGCAAUUGCAGUUUGCUAUUAAGACCUUGAGCGCUCAGAACCAACACAAUCAACAAAACCCACAAAUGGCAAGGCAAAUAGCAUCAUCCUCUAGCUAUGGUACUAUGAUUCCUACCCCUGGUAUGACGCAAGGCACCAAUGCAAGUUCUAGGAUUCCUUAUGUCACAGAAAACAAUGGCCUUUCAUCGUCUGGUGCAGGCAUGGUUCCUCAGAAUGCUAACAUGGGUGCCUCGAUGCAAGGUCCAAUGUCUAAUGGCUUCCAACAUUUAAAUGCCAGCAUUCCACAAAAUUCUACCACAAAUAACAUACAAUCUACAAUGGGUUCAGUUGGUGUCCAGCGACAACUACCUCAUAUGAUUCCAACUCCAGGAUUUAGUAAUCAACAGAAUGUACCUUCAAAUCCUGACUAUUCAAAUGGAACUGGAUAUUUCAAUGGUGAGCCAGCUGUGGCAUCACAUAUGCAGCACCAGAACCAAUUUCCUAGCAACCAAAUUCAGCAUAUUGGGGGCCACAAUAAUUCUGGAAUACAUUCAAGCAUGCUGGACAGCUCAUCUGCAUACGGUUUAUCAGAUGGACACAUGAAUGGUGGAAUAGGAGUGCAUGGGUCAAAUAUGCAGCUAACAAACAGGACCACGGCACCACAAACAUAUAUGAACAUAUCCCCUUACGGCAAUUCGUCCAAACCGAUGCAGCAGCAAUUCAAUCAGCAUCCUCAGCAGAGAAUACCAACAUCAGUUGAAAUGACUGGUUCUGGCAGCUUCUAUGCUACUGGCUCUACCCCUUUAACCACAGCAAAUAGUCAGAGCAUGAAUGUUGCAAAUUUGCAGUCUAGAUCAAGAAUGAAUCAGAUGUUGGUUUCCAAUCAGUUAAACAUUCAGUCCAUUCAGCAACAGCCCCAGAUAAAAAAUGAGGUUUUGGAUCAAACAGAAAAGGUGAAUUUUCAGUCACCACAGUUGACUCAUGAUCAACUACUACGCCAACACCCAAUGCCGCAACAUCAGGUGCAACCUAAUUCCCAGUUUGUUCAAAAUCAGUAUCAUAUAAAUCAACAGCAGCCAAAUUCACAGCAUCAGCAGGCUAUGCUAAGGAACAAUUCCUUUAAACAGUCUCAAAUGGCUUCCACCCAUUCAAUGCAACUGGCAGAACAGGGGUCACUGCUACACACUGAACUGGUAUCUUCACAAACUAGUGAUCCUGCUGAUCUUCCAAGCUUCCAGGGUCAAUACCAGCAAAGAAAUGCUCUUGACAAUGUUAAAGGAGGGCAGAUGCUUGGUCAUCUAUCUAGCUCUCAAAAUUUUCAUCCUUCUGUCUCACAUGGUUCUCAGCAAUUGUUGCCCUCUAACCAGCAGCUUGAUGACGGUUCUAAUGCUGUAAGCUAUGUGCUGAAAGGAUCGCAGGCAGAGCAAAUGCUGCGUCCUCAAUGGCAGCCACAAACAAUGGAAAAGGCUCCUGUUACUACUAAUUCAACACUCGAAAAGCAAAUACAAGAAGAUUUUUGUCAAAGAGCAAUGUCGCAAGAUGGAGCACAGCAACCAUUUUCAUCAGAUUGGCGUCUUUCUAAUUGCACUGCAGCUUCUAUUGAUCCUGCAUUGCCGAAGCCUGCAGCUGGAGGGUUUGAACAGGUCAAUGGAAAUAUACAUUACCUCCGUCAGAUAAAGUGGUUGCUGCUACUGUUUCAUGCAAAAACAUGCACAUACCCUGUUGGAAGUUGUAAGUUCCAUGGUUGUGUUCAGGUGCAGGAGCUUUUGAAGCAUUUUCAGAACUGCCAAAGUAAAGAUUGUUCAUACAGGAGCUGCAGUAAGUCAAAAAUGAUGUCUCACCAUUAUAAAACUUGUGUCGAUGAACAAUGUCCUGUGUGCAGCGUUGUAAGGAAGUUUUUGCGCCAAUCAACUGAACAGGCAUCUAAGCAAAAAGCUCUCGAGUCUAGAAAACUUGCUCAACAAAAUGUGCCUCAGAGAAUCAUGAACGGGAUAGAAGGUGAUAGAAUGGAUGUUGACCCAAUGUCAGUUGAAGCAUUUGAUGAUCAACCAUUCGUUCCAAAACGCUUGAAGACGCAUCCUCCAUCACCCAGUGGCCUAGAGAAUGAUAUCUCUGUAGUCUCCAAUUAUCAUGUAAACUCAGGCUUUGCAUUGCAGGAAACACAGCCUGAGCAGCUUGACCACAAUAACAGGACAUCAUAUCUGAAACGAGAGGUAGAUGCAAAGGCUGACAUGCGAGCUCCUCAAAAGCCCAUAAAAAUUAGUUAUGGUAUUGAUGGAAAUGUGACUGCAUCAAGGCAUAAUGUGAUUCCUGGUGUUCCCAGUGAGAUUAAUUCUCAUAUCAAGCAAGAAAACUUGUUGGUUGACAAAGAGACAAGUGAAACCGCCCUUGAGGUUAAGAAUGAAACAAAUGAUCCAACUGAUGCGACUGUGUCUAAAUCAGGAAAACCAAAAAUAAAAGGUGUUUCAAUGACGGAAUUAUUCACUCCAGAACAAAUAAUGGAACAUAUUGACAGUCUAAGGCUGUGGGUUGGUCAGAGCAAGGCUAAAGCUGAAAAGAAUCAAGCUAUUGGUCAUUCUGAGAACGAGAACUCUUGCCAGCUCUGUAGAGUAGAGAAACUUACUUUUGAACCUCCACCAAUAUAUUGUUCUCCUUGUGGAGCUCGGAUAAAGCGAAACGCGCCAUACUACACUGUGGGUACUGGUGAUACACGUCAUUAUUUCUGUAUCCCUUGUUACAAUGAGUCUCGUGGUGAGACUAUUGAGGUUGAAGGUCAAACAUUUCCGAAGGCAAGGUUAGAGAAAAAAAGAAAUGAUGAGGAAACGGAAGAAUGGUGGGUUCAAUGUGACAAAUGUGAAUGUUGGCAACAUCAAAUUUGUGCUUUAUUUAAUGGAAGAAGGAACGAUGGAGGACAAGCUGAAUAUACUUGCCCCAAUUGCUAUGUUGAGGAGGUCAAAUGUGGGCUACGCAAACCUUUACCACAGAGUGCUGUUCUUGGGGCAAAAGAUUUGCCGAGAACUGUUCUUAGUGAUCAUAUAGAAGAUCGGCUAUUUAAACGACUUAAGCAGGAGAAACAGGACCGUGCAGCUGCUGCUGGCAAAAAUAUUGAUGAGAUUCCUGGAGCGGAAGGACUUGUUGUCAGAGUUGUUUCAUCAGUGGAUAAGAAGCUGGAGGUUAAACCACGUUUUUUAGAAAUUUUUCAAGAAGACAACUACCCUACAGAGUUCCCUUACAAGUCCAAGGCUGUUCUCUUGUUCCAGAAAAUAGAAGGUGUGGAAGUAUGUCUAUUUGGAAUGUAUGUUCAAGAAUUUGGUGCUGAAUGCUCUUUCCCGAACCAGCGUCGUGUUUAUUUGUCAUACUUGGAUUCUGUUAAGUACUUCAGACCUGAGAUUAAAACAGUAUCUGGAGAAGCCUUGCGUACAUUUGUGUAUCAUGAAAUUCUGAUAGGAUAUCUUGAAUACUGUAAACUGCGGGGAUUCACAAGUUGUUACAUAUGGGCUUGUCCACCUUUGAAGGGUGAAGAUUACAUCUUAUAUUGCCAUCCUGAGAUUCAAAAGACUCCGAAAUCUGAUAAACUGCGUGAGUGGUAUCUAUCUAUGCUUCGGAAAGCUUCUAAGGAGGAAAUUGUUGUUGAGCUCACAAAUCUAUAUGACCAUUUCUUCCUUACUAUGGGGGAAUGCAAGGCUAAGGUGACUGCUUCUCGCUUGCCAUAUUUCGAUGGAGAUUAUUGGCCAGGAGCUGCAGAAGAUAUGAUCAAUCAACUCCGACAAGAAGAAGACGACCGCAAACUCCAGAAAAAGAGUAAAACAAAGAAGAUUAUUACAAAAAGAGCUCUUAAAGCUGCUGGCCACACCGAUCUCAGCGGGAAUGCUUCCAAGGAUGCUAUGUUGAUGCAAAAGCUUGGUGAAACCAUAUAUCCUAUGAAGGAAGAUUUCAUUAUGGUCCAUUUACAGUAUUCGUGUAGUCACUGUUGUACCCUUAUGGUGUCUGGAAGACGUUGGGUUUGUCAUCAAUGCAGAAGCUUUUACAUCUGCGACAAGUGUUAUGAUGCAGAACAGCAACUUGACGACAGGGAGAGGCACCCGAGUAAUAAUAGAGACACACAUAUGCUCCAUCCGGUUGAUAUUCUUGGGGUGCCCAAAGAUACCAAAGAUAGAGAUGACAUCUUGGAAAGUGAGUUCUUUGACACCAGACAGGCAUUCCUUAGUCUUUGCCAAGGAAAUCAUUAUCAGUAUGACACACUUCGACGCGCAAAGCAUUCAUCAAUGAUGGUGUUGUACCACCUACACAAUCCAACUGCACCAGCAUUUGUCACUACGUGCAAUGUCUGCAGUCAUGAUAUUGAAACUGGUCAAGGCUGGCGGUGCGAGAUUUGUCCAGAUUUUGAUGUGUGCAACUCUUGUUUCCAAAAAGGAGUGGUUACUCAUCCUCACAAGUUAACGAACCAUCCAUCAGCUGCUGACCGUGAUGCUCAAAACGCAGAAGCUCGGCAAAUGCGUGUCCAGCAGCUAAGAAAGAUGCUUGAUCUUCUGGUACAUGCGUCGACAUGCCGCUCUGGUAGUUGCCAGUAUCCCAACUGCCGAAAAGUCAAGGGGCUAUUCCGUCAUGGGAUGCAGUGCAAAACGCGUGCUUCAGGAGGGUGUGUCCUUUGCAAGAAAAUGUGGUACAUGCUUCAACUCCAUGCCCGAGCUUGCAAGGAUUCAGACUGCAAUGUGCCGCGGUGCAGGGAUCUGAAGGAGCAUCUUAGAAGGUUGCAACAGCAGUCUGAUUCCAGGAGGAGGGCUGCUGUGAAUGAAAUGAUGAGGCAAAGAGCGGCGGAGGUCGCUGCAAACGAAUAGUUGCCUCUGUACAGGUAUACUUUGUGGAAAGAGGAUAGGAAGAAGUAUGCAUGCAGGGUUGCACUCCUCACCCCCACACCAAGGAGAAAGCUUGGGAUGGUUGAUAAAUUAUAGGAUUGGUAGGUAAAGAUCAGCCGCUUCACAUGGAUUUCUUACGACGAAGAUCUCGGCCAUCCUUCGCCUAUGGUUAACAACAUAUAGGCUCGCUGAAGCAGCAGGGUGCGCCACCGUAGGCUGUCUGUAACUGUCGCUUGCACCCCCUCCAGUGCUGACCAGCUACACCCUGCGUGCCGCACCGAUGCUGUCGUCGACUGGGGCGCAUUGCAACUCCUGGGUGUGGUGAAUUCUUUGAUUUGACCUGUACUAGCUGAACUGAUCUUCUCUGUUGCUGCUUGCUGAUGAUGGUGUAUAAUAGGUGUCUCUGGACAGUUGUCAGUCGUGCAUUGCUGAAGAUUUGGUGUAGCUGUUGUUUGUCCCCCCCCUCUCCAUUGUCUUCUUGUCUCCAGGCCAGGAGAGGGGUAUAGGUUAAAAAAGGGUAAAAAGGGAUGGGCGUUAUUGGACAAGUAUUUCUUUUAUUUCUGCCCCCCAUUUUGUAGGACUCAUCUUUGUUAAAGUAUAAAGCAAAGUAAAUCCUCCAUGUCUUCUCUUGUAGCACUGUUGCUCCAUAGAUUUUCUUUCUAGUGCGGGUGGCACAGGAGGGCGACAAGUUGUGGUAUGUAUACUCUUCUGCUAUCAGUUUUUCUGGUUUUUUUGACGAAACGAAUGGAUUUUGGUUC